AUGGCGACCAGGUCCCGCGCCCACUCCGUUGACCUUAUCGACACGGACACGGACCGGACGCCGUUAUUGGCCGGAACACCCACCCCGACAGCCUCGACUUCAACCCGCUCUUUAUCACCGGGGUACAUCACCACCCAAUCCACCACCCAAACCAUCACCAAUGACAACGAUGACAACCAAGACUACGGCGCCAUCAACAAUGGCCGCGCCGAACCCCCCUCACCAUCAGCCCACCUCCGCGCCGUCCUCCGCCCUCGCGUGAUCCUCCUCUCCAUCGCCGUGGUCUUCCUCAUCGAGCUAGCCAUCGGCAUGACCACCCCGCCAGUCAACGCCAUCAUGGAGAGCAUCAUCUGCCGGCAGAAGCACCCGGAACUGUUCCCCCCGCUAGACACCAACAUCACCAUGCCCGCCCCGGUCCCCAUCCCAUUCCCGCCUACGGAUCCCGUUCCGCCCACCGAUCCCGUUCCGCCCGCGGACCCUGAUUCACCUACGGCCCCCAUCCCACCUACGGACCCCAUCCCACCCACCGACCCUACCACCCCCAACACCACCCCCAACACCACCCCCCGGACACCCGCAACAGAACUACCACUACCACCACCGCGACGGAUCCCCAAGAUGCGGCGCAUCGCCGGCGGCGUGAUCCUCGUCGACGACCCGGCCUGCAAGCGGCCCGACGUGCAGGGCUACCUGGCCAUGCUGCGCGGCUGGGCCAACACGUUUGAGGCCCUGCCCGGCAUCCUCGGCGCCGUGCCCUACGGCAUCAUGUCGGAUCGCUGGGGCCGGCGGCCGGUGCUGGCGCUGGCGAUGGUUGGGUGUGUGGUUUCGGUGGGGUUUACUUAUCUGGUUUUUUACUUUUCGGAUUUUGUGCCGUUGUGGGUGACGUGGUUUUCGGCCGCUUUUCAGCUGAUCGGUGGUGGCGUGUCUAUCGUCGUGGCCAUGGUGUAUACCAUGCUCGCGGAUGUUGUCCCGUCGGAGGAGCGCACGACCGUCUUCUUCCAACUCAACGCCGUGUUUCUCGGCUCGCAGAUGAUUGCCGGCCCUCUCGGCGGCGCCAUGCUGAUAUGGGACGCGUGGACCCCGCUGCUCGUCGCGCUGGCUCUUCUGAUCCUCACCAACAUGCUGGCCCUGGCUGUCCCAGAGACAGUCCAUGUCCACGACCGGAAGAGGUCGCACGAGGAAGAGUAUGGGGACGGGGACGAUCUUCCCCGGAUAACCAAGCUCUGGCGGAAGGCUAGCGAGGGCGUUGCUGGGGUGUGGGAUUUCGUGCUCGGCAACAAGAGCGUGGCUUUUCUCAUGUUAUCGCUCGUGUUUACCUAUCUGGGCCGCUACGUCGGAGAGCUCCUGCUACAGUACUCGACCGACCGGUACGGAUGGAGCUGGAGCCUAGCCUCGAUGGUUUUGACCAUCCGCAAUGCCGGAAGCCUCGUGGCGCUACUGGCGCUGCUACCCGUAGUUAGCUGGUUUUGUGUUCGGCGGUUGGGCAUGGAAGACAUGGCCAAGGACCUUUGGUUGGCACGAUGGUCGGGCGUCAUUAUGGUUUUGGGAAAUCUGACCACCGCUGCCGCUGUCAACGGUACCAUCUUCUCGGUCGGCCUGGUCUGGUUCGCCCUGGGUUCGGGUAUGGCUUCCAUGAUCCGGUCGCUGCUCAACGCGCUGGUUGAGGAACACCAUGUUGGCACCGUCAAUUCCCUCAUUGCCUUCAUGGAAAUGGUUGGCAUGACCGUUGCUAGCCCGUUGCUGGCGAAAAGUCUCAGUAUCGGGCUGGACCUUGGGGGCGCCUGGGUCGGCCUACCCUUUCUUGCCUCCGGCUUGUUGUUUGUCGUUUCGACGACAAUAUUGUACAUGUUCCGGCUGCCAAAUGGAAGGCGGUCACCAGUUGAGCCUCGGUGCUGA